AGUAAUAAUCCCCUACCGGAUCCACCCAUAGUUCCACUUGUUGCUCCAUCGAUUCCUGCAGAUGUCCAAAAUACAUCAUUCAUUUCGACAUUAGAUGCUUUGACUUCCCUCACAGGGAACCUGAGUGAGCAAGCUGCUCACAUGGCAUCUGCUCCUCGAUGGAUGCCACAUAUGUGUUCGAGUUGUCAUGAGACGUGUGUAGGUCCUACUACUGCUGCAGGAUCUACUUCAGUUCCAGAUGAGCAUGAUGCAGCAGAUGAUAGUAUGAUGACAUCUUAUAUGGAUUUUCUUUGCUCGGAUGUUCAUCUUGACCAGAUAAGGACUACGCCUAAUAUUAGAGUUAAUAUUGCAUCUACUGGAAGACAACUCGGCACACCUUAUGGGGAUUCAGGUCAUGAGGGACCCUCUACAUCACAUCAAGAAGAGGGUCUGACUAUUGUGACACCAUCUAUGGUGGACACUACCAUUAGGAUAGGUUAUCCUCAUAAUUUUGAUCAGAGCCAAUUUGAACGCACAUCGACAUCCUUUGAGGAGUUAGCUAGCACUGCAUUUGGUGUUGAUACUGCACAAGAUACUGCUAGAGGAGAUACUGCUACAGGAUCUGAUGAGCAUAUGCAUGAGACAGGUGGAUCUGGACCACGUCCCGAGGACAAGAGAGAUACUGCUAUAGGAUCUGAUGAGCAUAUGCAUGAGACAGGUGGAUCUGGACCACGUCCUGGGGACAAGAGAGAUACUGCUACAGGAUCUGAUGAGCAUAUGCAUGAGACAGGUGGAUCUGGACCACAUCCUGGGGACAAGAGACCACGAGAUGUUAUUGAUGAUAGCACUUAGAUUUUACUAUUUAUUUGGCUUUGAUAUGUACUUUUUUAUGGACUUUACACAUUUGUUUACACGUGCACAUACUUUAUAUAUAUGGAUAGUUGCAUAAUUGGAUUAGAUCAUAUAUAUUUUGUGCAUACUUUAUAUAUUUUGUGCACAUUAGAUAUUAUGUGGAGUGAACAUCAUGUUACCAUCUAGACAUA